ACCUCUUCACGAACUUGUACAAUCGAUGCCACAAAGAUAGCCAACUCUAUUAUCAAAGAAAUAAGGAAACGGGCGACGAUUUGGCACCAGAUAUCCGGAGGUGUGAAAAGAGCAGCUGUGAGAAGCGGAAAAACCAUCAAAAAACGACGAUUGUUCGUGGAGGUUUCCACAGAAAGACCCCUCGGUUCUGGCAAACGGAUCACAAUUACAGGUACCUGGGAGCAUACCGAUGGAAUGAACAAAAUACGAAUAGUUAA